CUGGGCCCAACACACAUUCUGCGAGUAGAUCUACCUCCCACAGCCGCCCGCAAAAAGGCCGGUUCUUCACCCCAGCAUCCUCCCCGCCCGCCCCUCAUCCAUUCACGCAAGUCAGUCAGUCAGUCAGUCCUCUCUAAGUCCCUCCCGUCGGAGCACCGCAGCCUCGUUCCGCCUUUGCCCUUUUCACCCGCCCCCUGCUGCUGCGCCUGCGGCACUGAUGCAGGAGGAAGGAGUGUGGACGUCAGAGGGAUGGGUGGGUCGGACGAUGGACGGAGAGAGGGAGUGGUCUGUGUCGACUGGGUCUUGGUCUCGCGGCCGGUGACGACGGGCAGAUAGUACACCUGCUUGGGGAACGGUGGGGGGAAGGGGUAGCUCUUCUGGUGGAUGGCUGGUUCCUUGGCUGCCUCGUCCUUGAUGGAGUCCUCCUUCUCCGUCGACACAGCAUCACCACCCCCACCCCCGCCAACGCUCACAGUGAACAGUGUGGCCUUGGCGCCGCCCGUCAUGCACCGGGCGCCCUCAUGCACCACAUCCCCUCCACCAUCACCGCCGAAGGUAGGUGGGGGCGCAGGCACACCCACGGCCGUGAUGGGCUGCUCGUUACUGCUGUACGCCGAGAAUGGCGAGACGGGCGACAGGCCUGCGGCCGUCGAGUGGUCCGCAUCGCGCCGGCACUCCUCUUCCCUGUCCGGCCGUCGGUCUGUGCGCUGGGCGGGACGCCGUGAGGACGACGAGUACGGUGCCCGGGGGCGGUAGCAGCUCUGAGCAGUAGGGCGCGAGUAUGAGGGCGGGUGACGGUUGUGGAUGGGUGGCAGCUCGUAGUGGAUGGUGCGGGGGUCGCGCAGCUCCUGGUCGCUGUGUGCGAAUGGGCAGAAGAAACGGUCGCACUUGGGGUAAAACUGACAGAAGGACUGAACGACAGAUAAAGACACGCAAAAGAAAGGCUCUCUCUUUUUCUCUGUGUCUGUCAUGUGUGUUGGUUGGUUGGUUUGUUCUGCUUACUGACUUACCGUCUUGUAUCUGAGUGGGUGGUAGAGGGUCUCCUCCUUCGUGUGGCCACGCGCGCCGCACAGACACAGAGAGAGACUGGGGGCCGGGUCGCAGCUGAGAAAGACGCGUAGAGAGAAGGUGCCCGCCAGAAGCUGAGGGCGUGUGUGCAAGAUAAUGUGACUUUCCCCUUUCAGGCCUUACCAAGCAGAGGGCAUGAGGUUGUGUGUGCGGGUGAUGAGGCGAAUCCCAAGUUGCUCAAAAGGUAUCCCACCGUGAAGAAUGACGAAGUAAAUAACAUACAGGCCUCUCCAGCUCAGAAUCGCACCUUCAUCGAGAGGUCAGAAAAGCUUUGCUAGGGCCCUUGACGGCAUGGCCUAUCCCUUGAGAUCGAGCAGCAUCUCUGUGAGCAGACAAGCGCACAAACAGAGAGAGAUGUCAUGUGAGAGGCCUUGUGGCUGCUUCUCGCUUCGUGUGUGGCCUCUGUGUGUGAG